AUGUACCCUGAUGAGGUCACCUCCUGCUCAAACAUCCACCAUACCACAACGGUCCGCGCAGCCGACCCUCACAUCGGGCUCCUGCACCGCGGCACUGAGAAGCUGAUCGAGUACAAGACGUACACGCAGGCGCUGCCCUACUUCGACCGACUCGACUACGUGUCCAUGAUGUGCAACGAGCAAUGCUACAGCCUCGCUGUCGAGAAACUCCUCAACAUUGAUAUACCGAUACGCGCCAAGUAUAUUAGGACCCUGUUCGCGGAGAUCACGCGUAUCCUGAACCACAUAAUGGCGGUGGGCACGCACGCGCUGGACGUGGGCGCGCUAACGCCGUUCUUCUGGCUGUUCGAGGAGCGAGAGAAGAUGAUGGAGUUCUACGAGCGGGCCAGCGGCGCCAGGAUGCAUGCCGCCUACAUCCGCCCCGGCGGCGUGUCGCUUGACAUGCCGCUAGGUCUGAUGGACGACAUAUACGAGUUCUCGUCGAAGUUUGCCGAGCGUUUGGACGAGGUGGAGGACGUGCUCACCACCAACAGGAUCUGGGUGCAGCGCACCAAGGAUAUCGGGAUAGUGUCCGCGCAGGACGCGCUCAACUAUGGAUUCAGUGGUGUGAUGCUCCGCGGGUCCGGCAUCAAAUGGGACCUGCGCAAGUCGCAACCGUACGACGCGUACCAUCUGAUGGAGUUCGACGUACCCAUCGGCACCAACGGGGAUUGCUACGAUAGAUACCUGUGCCGCGUAGAGGAGAUGCGUCAGUCCUUACGCAUCAUCGAACAGUGCCUCAACCAGAUGCCGCCCGGCGAGAUCAAGACCGACGACGCGAAGCUCACGCCACCAUCCAGGAAGAGAUGAAGGUAUACGUCCAUGGAAGCCCUGAUCCAUCACUUCAAGCUGUUCACUCAGGGCUACCAAGUGCCGCCCGGCAGCACGUACACGGCAGUGGAGGCUCCUAAGGGAGAGUUCGGUAUUUACCUCGUGUCUGAUGGUGGAUCCAAGCCUUACAGGUGCAAGAUCAGCCCCGGAUUCGCUCACCUUGCAGCUCUAGAGAAAAUCGGUAAAAACUCCAUGUUGGCGGAUAUCGUGGCUAUCAUCGGAACACUUGACGUAGUGUUCGGAGAGAUCGAUCGGUAAACAUCGGACGCCGUCGGGAAACUUCGUAGACUAAGCAAUAAAGUGAUGCAGUAGUUGUAUAUAAGUAAACUCCGGUUUUUCGUCUCAUAAAUGUACCUCAAAUCCUGUGCAUUCAAAUGUAAAAAAAAAUAAUAUAAUUUA